AUGGGGUUUGGGGAAAAGUGGAAAAGGUGGAUGGAGCUUUUGGUCUUCUCUAGCAAUAUGUCGGUCCUUGUGAACGGAAGCCCUACAAAGGAAUUCAAAGUUUCAAAAGGACUAAGACAAGGUGAUCCCCUUUCACCUUUUCUUUUUGUCCUAGUGGUGGAAGGUCUUACGGGUCUUGUGAAAAAUUCCAUGCUUUCGGGAGAUUUUCAAGGGUUUGCUUUCAGUGAAAAUUGUAAAGUCGACAUCCUUCAAUUCGCGGAUGAUACUUUGCUAGUGGGGGAAGGUAGUUGGAAGCAUGUGUGGGCGAUGCGUGCGGUUCUUCGAGCAUUUGAACUUGUGUCGGGUUUAGGAAUUAAUUAUCACAAGAGUAAAUUGAUCGGUAUUAAUUCUAAUCCCCAUUUUUUAGAGGUGGUCUCUCUUUUUCUUUCUUGUAGGUUGGAAGAGAGCAGUUUCCACUUCUUGGGAAUUCCAAUUGGUUUCAAUCCAAGGAAGGAAGCUUCUUAG